UAUUCCGGUAAAAAAAUAAUACCUUAUUCAUAAACAAAAAUCGCCCGCAGCAAAGCGCGGGCAGUCAAUCUAGUAAAUAACUAUAACGGAGUUUAGAAACUGGAAAGCAUCAAAUCCGAAUUCAGUCUCAAAUCCAAAAAAAUAAAAUGGAAUCGAAAGAGAAAAAAUAAAUAAAUAAAUAGAGUGUUUAAUUUAAAUGGGUACUGUUAUUGUUGUCGUAGUAGUAAGGGUAGAUCUCAGAGUUUGGAGUUAAAAUGCAGCCGAAUCUGUUCCCAUUCGGUAGCGUAUUCGGGAACCCGUUUUUGUUAAAUGCUGAUUUAGGAGAAGAAGGUGUUCGUUUUGGAUUUGAGAGUUCUAGAUUGUUCUUUUUGGUCCCCUUUUUGUUGUUGCAAGGCGGAGGCGGAGGCGGAGGCGGAGGAGGAGACAGCGGCGGAAUGGAUUUAUCAAAAGUUGGCGAGAAGAUUUUGAGCUCUGUUCGCUCUGCUAGAUCUCUUGGUCUUUUGCCUCCCACCGUUGAUCGCCCGGAGGUUCCAGCCCGAGCUGCAGCAGCUGCUGCUGCUGCUCGUGUGCUUGCAGGAAUGCCUCCUCAUCAGCGGUUUAAUCUUCCUUCAAGUUCUGAAGAACUACGAUCAAUAUACGGAAGCAGAAUACAAGGUCACAUGGUGGAGGAGCUGGAGGAAGACUUCUAUGAAGAGGAUUUUGAUCCAGUUAGGCAUAUUCUAGAGCAUGUUCCAUCUGAAGAAAACGAAUUAAUGUAUUUUGAGGAACAGGCCACUCUUAGAAUAGCUCAACUAGAUAGAGUAGCAGAACGUUUAUCCCAUCAUGUUAUGGAGCAUCAUGAAGUAAUGGUGAAGGGGAUGAAUUUGGUGAGGGAAGUAGAGAAAGAUUUAAAGGUUGCAAAUGUCAUCUGCAUGAAUGGUAGAAGGCACCUGACUUCAUCAAUGAAUGAGGUUUCAAGGGAUCUUGUAGUGAAUUCUAAUUCCAAAAAGAAACAAGCUCUCCUGGACAUGCUUCCAGUAUUAACUGAGCUUCGUCGUGCAUUAGACAUGCAAAUAGCACUUGAAUCCCUGGUUGAAGAAGGAAAUUACUGCAAGGCGUUCCAAGUCCUAUCUGAGUAUUUGCAGCUAUUAGACAGUUUCUCAGGGCUUUCAGCAAUACAGGAGAUGAGCCGUGGGGUUGAGGUUUGGUUGGGGAGAACCCUUCAAAAGCUGGAUGCACUUUUGCUGGGAGUGUGCGAGGAGUUCAAGGAGGAGAGUUACAUAACAGUAGUUGAUGCAUAUGCUUUAAUUGGAGAUAUCUCUGGUCUUGCUGAAAAGUUGCAGAGCUUCUUCAUGCAGGAAGUUUUAUCGGAAUCCCACUCUGUGUUGAAGAUUAUUGUACAUGAGGACCUGGAAAUACAGAUGCAGAACAAUAGACUUACCUACAGUGAUCUAUGCCAUCAGAUACCUGAAUCUAAGUUCAGGACGUGUUUAUUGAGAACAUUAGCUAUCUUAUUCAGGUUGAUGUGUUCCUAUCAUGAAAUAAUGAACUUCCAACUGGAGAGUAAGGAUUUGGUAUUUCAAACAUCUGAUAUGAAGCAAGAUUCCUUAGGAAGUAAUGGAUCUCCUCAAUCUGUAGAUGGAAUGCUUGGUUCAUCUUCUAUCGAGGAAUCUACAACAACUUCUAUGUAUCAAGAUUGCAAUUUUGAUGUAGAUGAAACUAAAAGUAAUGGUGGUGAAGCACCAAGCAGUGAAUCCCCUUGGUAUCAUCUGCGAAAAGAGGCGACAACAUUUGUUUCACAAACUCUUCAGAGAGGACGAAAGAAUCUUUGGCAGCUUACAACAAGCAGAGUAUCAGUAUUGCUUUCUUCUGCAGUUUUUAGCUCUAUGAGUGUGCACCAAUUCUUGAAAAAUUAUGAUGAUUUGAAUGUAUUCAUCUUGGCUGGGGAAGCCUUCUGUGGAGUUGAAGCAAUUGAGUUCAGACAGAAGUUGAAGGCUGUAUGCGAGAAUUAUUUGCUGGCAUUUCAUCGGCAAAAUAUUCAUGCACUCAAAAUGGUAUUGGAAAAGGAAAGUUGGCUGAAAUUGCCACCAGAUACUGUACAAGCAAUUAGUUUUGCUGGGCUUGUUGGUGAUGGGGCAGCCCUGAUAGUUCCAUCUCAUGAUAACUCCUCUAAUGCAAAAUUGCAUCAUUCUAACAAAUCAGUGAAAUCUGUUGAUGCCAAUAGCAAGAAAAGUGGAUUUUCCUCUUGGAUUAGAAGUGGAAAUCCAUUUUCGCCAAAAUUAAUCCCCACUUCAGUAGAUGGUCACAGUUCUUCCCUGCUUAAUGGGGCAACCGCCGUUGAAUAUGAUGAACAUGCAAAUGAUACGGUGUCUCCCCAAGGUAAUGGUGCAAGUCAUAAAAAUGGAAUGCCCGUUUCAGAAGAUGAAAAUGAAGAUCUACUUGCAGACUUCAUCGAUGAGGACAGUCAACUCCCAAGUCGAAUUUCAAAACCAAAAGCUCCUAAAAGUAACUCUUCACAUUGUAAAACUGAUGAAAUAUCUGCACAGACAGGAUCAUCUCUUUGUCUUCUCAGGUCAAUGGACAAAUAUGCAAGGUUCAUGCAGAAACUAGAAAUAGUAAAUGUUGAGGUUUUUAAGGGUAUAUGCCAGUUAUUUGAGAUUUUCUUCUAUUUUGUGUUUGAAACAUUUGCUCAGCAGACCUCUAAUUCAAGUGGAAAAUCUGACUCUCUCAAAUAUCGGCUGAAGACAGCCAUAUCCAGAAUUACACAAGAUUGUGACCAAUGGAUAAAACCCCAGCUGACCCCUGUUUCAUCCUCUUCACCCACAUCUUCGAGCACACAUAUUCAUGGAGAUGUAACACCUGCUAGUCCUUCAAAUCAUUUGCUAGCCACAUCCUUUGGUCUCAAGGAAAGAUGUGCUGCUGCUGAUGCCAUAUCUCUUGUUGCUCAAAUAUUACACAGAUCUAAAACUCAUCUUCAGUCAAUGCUUCUUCAAAAUAAUCCAGCUAUAGUGGAAGAUUUUUUUGUCAUACUGGUGGAUUCUGUACCUGAUCUUACAGAGCACAUACACAGGACAACUGCAAGAUUACUUCUUCAUAUCAACGGGUAUGUUGAUCGGAUUGCUAAUGCUAAAUGGGAAGUAAAAGAGCUUGGGCUAGAGCACAAUGGGUAUGUUGAUUUACUGUUGGGAGAAUUUAAGCACUAUAAAACGAGGCUUGCACAUGGUGGUAUUCACAAAGAGGUUCAAGACCGCCUUUUAGAAUAUGGUCUCGAAAUUGUUGCUGAAACCCUCAUUGAAGGUCUAUCACGGGUGAAGAGGUGUAGUAAUGAAGGACGAGCCCUUAUGUCAUUAGAUCUUCAGGUAUUGAUCAAUGGCCUACAACAUUUUGUCCAUGUAAAUGUCAAGCCAAAAUUACAAAUGGUUGAAACUUUCAUAAAGGCUUACUAUCUUCCAGAAACUGAGUAUGUCCACUGGGCUCGAGCUCACCCGGAAUACAGAAAAAAUCAAAUUGUUGGGUUGAUCAACCUCGUUGCUACAAUGAAAGGUUGGAAGAGGAAAACCAGGUUGGAAGUCAUAGAGAAAAUCGAGUGAGCUGUGUGUGACUUUGAACAGUCAUGCUAGGUUUUGGGUAUAUAAAAUCUUGCACUCCACAUUUUUUUUUUCUCCCUUUUUUGUAACAUGAAUAAUGUAUAUUGCAGAGUCUCAUGUCCUUGAUUAUGCUAGGUUGUAUAUCGUGUAAUAUAUGGUUUUACCAUAUGUGGGAAUGUCAAAUGUAAUUUUGAAUCACGUUAUAAUUGAAAUAAUGGAUCUUGUAAAACUAUGUUUAUUAAUCAAACACUUUUAAAAUUAUGGUA